GGACGUCCGCAUGUGGAAGAGAUAUCUCAGGACGACCACCUUCACGACCACUUUCCCCGGCACCACCCUGCGUUUGUAGAGGAGCCCGACGAUGAGGAGCCCAAUCUGACCCACGAGCAGCGCGAGCCACGGCCUGGUGCGGGCCACCACCACUACCCGCGGCAGCCGCACCAGCAGCAGCAGCAUCACCACCAGCAGCAACAGGGCUACCCUCACGCCGGGCCCCACCACUACCAGCAGCAGCAGCAGCAGCAGCACCAGGGGCCGCCGCCGUUCGGCGGCGCGCCGUUCUCUGGCUUCGCCCCUUUUGGGGGCCAUCCCUUUGGCGGCGGCCUCUUCGGCGGCGGCGGCAUGGGCAUGGGGGGCCCCUUUGGCGGCAUGGGGAUGGGCAUGGGGGCGGGCUUCGGCGGCCUGUUUGGCAGCAUGUUUGCGCAGAUGGACAACAUGAUGCGGGAGAUGGGCGGCGCCUUGCGCUCGACCGGCGCCGCGGCCGCGUCGGGGGCGCUGCCGCCGGGCGCCGUGUACAUGGGCCAGAGCAGCACAUACAACUCGGACGGCACUCGGGUGACGACGUCGACGCGCGCCUCUGGCGGGGUGCGCGAGACGCAGACCAUUGUUGACGACCGCGCCGGCCAGCGCACCACCAUCGCGCGCGGCAUCGGCGACAGGGAGCGCAUCACCACUCGCAAGCGCGACGCGCAUGGCCACCUGCAAACCCAGGAAGAGCUGCGGGGCGGCGUGCAGGACCCCCAGGCCUUCGAAGCCGAGUGGCGGCGCGCCGCGGAGCAGCGGCUGCCGCGCGGCGGGCAGCAGCAGCAGCAGCAGGGGCCGCAGAGGAUCGCGGUCACCAGCGGCGGCGGCCAUGGCCACGCGCAGAUUCAGGGCGGCGGCGGCGGCGGCGGCGGAGGGGGCUACCAGCAGCAACAUCAGUGGGGGCAGGCGGGCGGGCGGCAGGGGUGGGGGCAGCAGCAGUGGUGGGGCUAG